AUGUACUACUCCCAAAACACCUCCCUCCCAGCCCGAUACAACAUCACCACCACCUUCUGGAAACACCACUACGAAAUCACCGGCUCUCACAACCUCUACGUGGACAACUCCCAAAUGACCCCUGGAAAACCAGACCUAACCUUCCACACAACCAACAAAGAAGGACCCAUCAUCGCCCUAUCCAAAUACAAACACUUCUCCUCAGAUAUCGAGAUCGGACUCAGCGAUGGCCACAACUCCAAUUCCAACUCCAACUCCAACUCCAUACGCUGGGACACCCUCCACCGCGACGGCUGGCGCUCUUCAAAAUACAAAAUGACCGCAGAAAUCAACGGGAGACUGGAGAAAUAUACCUGGCGCCCAACGCAUAAGAUGUCUCUCACGCGAGGGGGAAGUUUAGACCUGGUACAUGAUCGGACCGGGGCCGUUGCAGCGGUCUUUGCUAGUCAUUGCGGGUUCAAGGGUUCUGACCACGUGUUGACUAUUAAUGCUUGUCAUGGCGAGCGGUUCCAAUUGUUGGUCUUGAUGACUUGUAUUACAUUGGCGGAGAAAACUCGGAGGCGGAAUGAGGCUGCUGCCGCUGGUGCGGCCAGUAGUGCUAGUGCCAGUGCGGCGGCAGCUUAA